ACAUUUCCAGAAAUUUGUGUAUGAAACACAGAAUCAGUACUCUCGGGUGACCGUGUUCUUCCUCAAGCACGAGGUGCCGGUGAUAAAGUUCUACACAUCGAGGGAGACCUACAACAAGAAUCGCGCUGUCGAACGCAUACAGCUGAGUAAGUACGAUCACGAAGGAAUAGUUAAGCUUCUCAAGGAUAGGGGGUUUGAGCCCGAUGGGGGUGUCGAGACACCUUCAAGGUAGCAGCUCGGCGCAUUUAUAUUCAACGUAUUACUUUUUUGAGGUAGCAAGUAUGCUGUGGAUAAGGAAUACUUAUGCGAUGACUAUUUAUCUUGUCGACGUCAGGAGGAUAAUAGGUGAGCUGUCAAUUGACUAGCACGACAUAGCCGUCGGGGGAUCAUGCAAGUGCAAGGUAUGAGGUAGCAUAGUUAUUUAUCUGAGCUUUAUUGUCCAUAGUACAUCAGUACGAUGCCAAUGGGCACAACGCGAAUAGCUAUACGAUGUAUACUUAUGAAACGAGAAUGGCGAGCUACUUUCAAAGUAUGUAAGUAUGCGGUAUCAGCGGAAUCGUGCAUCGUUGCCUGGGCCUACAUACUGCCAACUAGUUGUGUGUUGCAAUGAUUUGCUGCCACUUGACUAGUCGAAUCGCUUUAAGAUACUGCAUCAACAGAUAGGGCGCUUGCUCACUGGCUUCGAAGGGGACCUCAAAGGAGUCAUCUGCUGGCAUGGCCUGACAUACGUCCAGCCUUACAAUACGCUUAUUUAUGACUAGAAGUAUGUAAAAAAAACUUGUUUUAUACUUCACCUAUACUUCACCAUCCAUGAUGCCGUUCUCGAAAAAUUCUCGGUUCAACCGAACUCGGAGCUGGCGGAAAUAAAGAGCUGAAGAAAUACUCAGUCGCGAGUAAGCACAUAUACAAACAAAUACGACUUGUUACCACCUGCACACGCAAUAGUCAACUACUGCAUCUCAGGUUACCACCUGCACCUACAAUAGUCAACCACUGCAUCUCUGGUUACCACCUGCACCUACAAUAG